AUGGCAGCUUCUAAGGCUUACCUCUCAUUCCUCCUCAUAAAUUUAUCUUCAUUUUUUCAUCUUUGUUUAUGCGACGGCGGUGGCAGUUUGGAAGAUCUUCUUCCUAGCCUUGCACAAUCUGCAGGUUUGUUAGAUCCACAAUGCAUGCAAAAAUUGCUUCCUUGUCAACCAUAUUUGAAGGCUCCAAACAAUCCUCCUCCAGCAUGUUGUAACCCUUUAAGUGAGUUAGCAGCCAAUUCAUCUGAUUGUAUUUGCAAUCUCAUUAACAAUCCUAAGCUUUUAGCCUUUGAGGCUUCUAAGGAGGAAAUCUUGAAGCUUCCAACUGCUUGUGGUGUUGAUGUUGAUGCCUCUAAGUGCAAUGCCAAUGCAGUUGAGGAUGAAACAGCUGCAGAAGACGCUGCUGCUGAAGAUUCAGCUAGCUCGACAAAAAUUAUUCCUCCAUAUGGAAUCACUUAUUUUGGUGUACCUGGUUUUGUUGCAUUGUUGACUGCUCUUGUAGUUUCUGCAUACUAGAAAAGAAUCAUGUUUUAUGUAUGAGCUUGUUCACUGCUGAAAUUUCUCUUUUCA